AUGACUGCCAAAUAAACAGUUUUAUUAAAUAGAUUUUAUGAUUUAAAAUAAAAAAAUGAGAAUCACUCUUAUCUGAAAUCAACAAACUUUCUAUGGAAUGUUUCUAUAUUCAUUAUUGAUUUAUAUGUUGUUUCUAUUUACCAGAUAUGGCUUGCUUUAGAUUUAAAUCCGUGUAACAUGUACAUAAUAUUAGGCAUAUCACUGGAGUUCAUUUAUUUAGUAAAUCUCAUUUUAGUUAUUGCUAUAAAAAAUAAAUAAAGCAAUAUGCGCUAUUACUUCUUUACUCAUUUGAAAUUCAACAGUAUUUAUUCAAGUACAGUAUCAUUGAUGAAUCUUAUAUCUUUAAUUCCUACUCAUCUGAUAAUAGUUGUUUAUUUAAAAAAAUAAGGAAAUACUGAUAUUUAUUAGGAUGUGAAUUUUCCUAAAGCUCUCAACUUAGCUUUAUUAACAAAGCUCAUAAGGUUUUUAAAUAUAAAAGAAUUCCUCGAUAAAUUUGAGCACUUAGUCAAAUUUCUAGAUUUUAACAAGCUCACUUUUUUUAGAAUAUUUGUUUCUUUAUUUUAGCUUUUAUAAAUUACUCAUUUAUUUGCUUGUUGUUUUGUCUUCUAUAACAUAUACAUAUAGUCUGGCUACUUUUCUGUGACUCCAUAUGAUAUUUCAGGUAAUUAUAUGAAGUAUGUAGUGGGAUUAUAAUGGGCAGUUGAAUCUAUGAUAGGUUCUAGCUUUGGUGAUGUUUAUCCUCCUACAGAUGGUGAAAUAUUCUUGACAUUUAUUUCUAUGGUUGCUGGAGGUGUAUUUUAUUGUAAAAUCUUUUCUGAUUUUAGUAGUCUUCUUUAAAUUAGUGAACAAUUUACUCUUGAACUAAGGUAGAAAUAAAAACAGGCUUACUUGCUCGCAAACAAUAAAUAAGUCUCUUAAAAAACAUUUGACAAAAUAUAAUAUUUCUAUAACAACUUUGAAGAAGGAUAAAAAAUAUUAAUGUAUUACAGCAUAAUAUAAGAACUUCCUUCUCAAUUAAAGCAUGAGGUGGUAUUAAAAUUCUAAUAGAACUUAGUGCAAAAUGUGUAAAUCUUUAAUUUGGGAUAAGCCGAGUUUGUUGCUAAAAUGCUCAAAAAAAUGUAUCCUCAAGUAGCUGUAAAAGAUGAUUUUGUAUUAAAAAUGGGAGAAUCAGCCUAAGACUUUUACAUUUUAGCGAAAGGCCGGGUAGAGAUAGUGAAUUAAGAUAAAAAGUAGGUGAUUAGAGUUUUAGAGCCAGGAGCUUACUUUGGAGAAGUUGCUAUCCUGAUAAAUUAAUAUAGAACAUGUUAUGUCAAAGCCCAGACUGAUUGCAUAUUUAUGUGCAUAAAAAAAGAUGACUUUUUAAAAAUUUUAAAUAAAUUUCCAGAAAUAAAGGACUUCCUUCUAAGAGUUGGUUAACAAAGAAUGGGUGGAACUAAAAAUAAUGAAGACAUUUUCCAUAAUAUUGAUAAAUGCUAAAUAAAUAAAUUAUCUCUAUAACCAUUAGAAAUUAAAAAUACAUAAAAUUCGAACCAUUCACUUAUAAAAAGAGGACACAUAUAGGAUACCAUAUAAAAUAAUUAUUUUGCUAAAGUAGAUUAAUUGAACUCAAAAAGUCCUUAAAAUGACACACAAAAGUGUUAAUCACAAUUUCUCAGCAAUGAAGAAGCUAAUUUUAUAGGAGAAAGUAUAAAUAUCUCUUUCGAAAAUGAAAAUUUAAAGAGAAAAAUACAAAGAGUUCGAGAAUAAAAAGACUUAAAAGUCUUAGUCCUGAACUAGAAGGUGAUGAUUUACUGGGCUAUGAUUUUGCUUAUAGUUUUAACUUACAAUCUUUUUUACUCUCUUUACAGUAUUUUAUUUAGUGAAGACUUCGCUGGUGAUGUUUCUAUAGUUCUAGAAGCACUAAGUUUUUUAAUUAAUUUUAUUGACUCUCUCAUAUUUUCAAGACUCUCAACUUUUUCAAGAAAAGAUAAUGAAUUUAUUUUGAGCAGUAAUAAAAUAUUAUUCAAUUACUUAAAUAAGGAGUUUUUCUUUGACAUGUUAGCUACUGUACCUUUCUCUAACAUUUAUCAAUUAGUUUGCAGUGAGCAAGAGUUUUAAAAUAGCUUAAUUUUUAUCAGACUGUUUAGGCUAUUAAGAUUAAUCAAAUUUAGGAGAUUUUAGUAAUAUAUUUAUAUAUUGCAAGAUCAGUACAAAAUUAAUUUUAAGUAUGCAGCUUUAAUUAAACUUGCAUAUGUAUACUUUUUCCUCAAUCACCUAAAUGCUGGUAUCAUGUACAUACUUUGUAAAUAUGAAUAUGAUAAUAAUUUAAGCUACUCUUUAGGAGUUUAAAUGGAUGGUUAAUCAAUUGAAUAAGAAAGGCCCUUUAUGAUUAAAAACUUUUAUGUAAAUUUUCUGUAUUGGUCUUUCUGCGUUAGCACUCAAGGAGCAUAUGGAGAUAUAUGGGCUAUGAGUUCAUUAGAAAAGACAUACUAAAAUGUGACAAACAUAUUUUUUAAGAUAUUUUUCUGUUUCUUGUUUGCAAAUUUAGCUUCAGUUACAACUGUAUCAAAAAAUAAGCUUGAACAAUACUUGGAGGAGGUAGACUCUUUUAAAUAUUGGUCUAAGUUGAUAGGGCUUUCUUCUGAAAUUCAAAAUAGAAUUAUAAAAGUUUACAAUUAUAGGUGGUAUCAUCAAAAAGGUAUCGAAGAUAAAGAAUUAGAAGAAACCUUGCUACCAGAUAACAUUAAAGAUAAAAUUUUACACCAGAGAAUGAAAUUCAUCGUUAAAUUAAUAAAUCCGCUUCAAAAUUCAUAAUUAGAUAGUAUUUUAAUGCUUUUUCUUAAAAGAUUUGAGAAAAUUAUCAUCACGUAAGGAGAAUUUGUUUUCUAAAAAGGAGAUUUGGCUCAAGAAAUUUACUUUAUCGAAGAAGGAGUAGUGUAAAUAGUUAAUAAUAACAAUAAUAAUGAAGAAGUCUUAGCUGAAAUAAGCUAAUAUGGUUAUUUUGGUGGAUUAGAAUUCAUAAAUAUAGUUCCUUCUCUCAGAAAAAUUUCUAUAAAGGCUAAAACUAAUACAUCACUUUUUAUGCUUGAACUAGAUUAGUAUUAUCAAUUACUUGAAGAAUAUCCAUUUGCUAAGAUGUUUAUACAAAACAUCUAUCCACAAGAACAGUCAGAAAACAACAAAUAAAAGAUUUUUGAAGAUAGAAUCUAACAUAUUAAAUAAAAUAAAAAUAAAAAUUUAAUAGAUUUAGUUGAUUUUGAAAAUUACUAGGUAGAUAAUGAAGCUAAUUUAAAUAAUUAAGAGUUUUAGUAGAUUCAUUAAAAACUGAAUAUUGAUGAGAAUUACAAAAUGAGAAUAUAAUUAAUUAACCAAGAAAAAUAAAUCACAUUUAACCAAUAAAUUCUAUACAAUAAUAAUAAUCAUAGUAACUAAAUUUUGUUAUACAAUGAUCUGAUUGGCUCUGUUUGUUAAACUAAGGUGUGCUCAGAGUAAAACUAUUUUUAUAAUUAACCAAAUACUCAUAAUCUUUAAGAUUUAUAAAUUACACAUAAAUUGUAACAACAUCCUUAAUAAAUUGAGUUGAUGCGGUUUGAUAAAUAAGAACCAAACUAAAUAAAAGAAGCGAUAUUUAGCAUUUAAUAAGAUUAAUAAAUAAAUUUAAAUGCUCAAUUGAAUUAGAAACAAGAUAGUAAAGUAACUCUUUAAUAAAAAGAUGAAGUUUUAAACAAUAUCAAUAAAAAUUUAUUAAAGUAAUAAGAACCAAAGUAAAUAGCAAUUAAAAAUUUUUAAAAACCAGAAUAAAUUGAUGUUUAGUAGCUUAAUUAAUCACAAAGGAGAUUAAGUUUAAUUUAUUUUGAUGAUAGUAGUGAUUUUUCAAAUUAUCAAAAACUAGAAAACGUAAAAAAUAAUCAAUUAAAGUUGAACACUCAUAGUAAUCUUAGCUAAGCUUAAAUUAGAACAGAAAGUAAUAGCAGUCUUAGUCAAGAUAGUUAGAAGAACUUUCCAAAAAAUUAUAGACAAAAAGAAUAGAAAAAGCGCUUAAGCUAACUCAAACAGCAUAAAAAUAAUUAUUUAAAGAAGAAGAAAUAAACUUUUUCAUUAGAAGACUUACAACAAAUUCAUUCAAAAGAAAAUAAUCUUGGCUUAUAUAAUUCUUCUUUUGGAGAUUAUUCAUAGAAUUUAAGCUUACUAAUUUCUAAAAAUAGUCUAACAAAUUUGAAUUUAGAUUAAUUCGGAAUAAUUCAUAACAUUAAGAAAUUUGACUCUGACGAGUUUAAUUAAAAUUAAAAUGAUCAUUCAUUUUUAGACUUAGAGAUGGAAUAUAACUAAGAAUUUGAGAAAAUACAAAGCUAUUUUGAUAAAAAUUUAGAAUUUUAGGUUCUCGUCAAUCAAAUUUGUGACUAAACUAAAUAAUAUAAUAAUUAGUUAACUGAUCAGGAAUUCAACGAAUUUGAAGAAAUUAUAGAAAUAAUUGGUAUAACUUAAAAUGAAAUUUAAGAAGAGAGUUAACUAAAUAAUAAAAUUAACUUGAGUGGAAUGUAUGAAUAAGAUAUUCGUAAUUUACAGUAGAAUCAAGAUCAAUCAUAAAUAAUUUCUAAUAUAAAUUCAAACUACUUAGAUUACAGUACAUUUAAUGAUAGCUAUUACUAAAUUAAUGAACUUGAUAAAAGCAUAUCUUAUUCUUAAUUGAGUUUUGAUCUAGAAGAACCUAUUAAGGAUGAUGACUGUAAAGAAGAAUUGUCAAAGCAAAUAAAAUAAAGCUAACUUUUAAAUUAAAAAAAUUAAAAAAUCAGUAAAUUAAGAGAAAGAUUUAUACAAUUUUUACUAAAUGUAUACAUCACUUUUUCAAAAACAGAAAGUUUGAUAUCUUUAACUCAGCUUUAUUUUACAAUAAUAAUUCCUCUUUAUCUUGCAUUUAAAGAAAUAUCUUUCUAAAAUUCAAUUCUUAUUACAGUUGAAAUUCUGAUUAUAGUUAAUGAAUUUAGGUAUCUUAUAAAGCUUAUUAAGUUAUAUAAAGAAAUAAUAGCUAACAUCUCUGAAAUUAAAUAUGGCAGCUCUUAACUUUAACUAGUUGCUGCUAAUAGCUUCUCAUAAAAAAUAUACUCUUUGAAAAUUUUCUAAAAAAGAAAAGAGAAAGUUUUUAUAAUGAUGCUCUUAGAAAUAUUGAUGAUUAUUCCUUUUUGUCUGAUCUUCGAUUUGCUUUAAAUAGAAGGAAUAAGAACGAGAUUUGAGCUCAUAUUUCUUUAGUUAAUUAGAGUUAUUCCAUUUUGCAGAAUAUUCAAUGUUCUUUCAACAUUAAAAAAAAAAAAUAUUUAUUUGUGUAGAGUUAUUGAAACUCUUUUAGUAUAUGUUCUAUUCUGUCAUUUACUUGGAUGUCUAUUUAUAGUUUUAGGAAAAAUAGAAUAAGAUUUUAAUGCUUCAUGGCUGAUAAAAGUUCCUGCUCCAUAAGCUUAAUUUCCAAAUAAUAUAAGAAUUCAAUUAUCAAUAAGCAAUAGAAGUUUAUACUUGCAUGCUAUAUAUUGGGCAUAUGUAACUACAUCCCAUGUGGGGGUUGGAGAUGUAACUGGAGUUAAUUUAAGAGAAAAGAUUUUUAGUAUUUUUGUUAUGUACAUAUCAACCUUCACACAUAUCAUAAUAUUUGGAAAUCUGGCCUCUAUGGCAAAAGAAGCUGCUUUCAUGCUAAAGAUUAAACUUGAUUAAAAAUAUGAAAAAAUAUUUUAAACUGUUAGUCUUUUGAAUGUUACUUCUUUUAAAAUAUAAGUUGAAAGUUAUAUAAAUUUUAUUUGGAAUGACUCGUAUGGCUUAGAUGAAAACCAAAUUUUGGAGAAGUUGCCUUUUUAUUUGAAAGUUGAAAUCCUCAAAAAACGAUAUAAAAAAUGUAUUAAUGAAACAUUUGUUUUCAAAUCUAACUCUUGGUAAGUAGAUAUGAACAUUGUUCACUCAAUUCUGAGAUUUAUGAAAGUCAAAAUUUUCUUAACAAAUGACGUAAUAGCAGAAGCAGGCAAGUCUUACCAAGAUUUGUACAUCUUUUUACAAGGAAAAUAUGUUACCUUUCAAUUAAAUGGCAAAAAAGCGUAUGAGGCAUAAGUAGGAGGUUUUUUCGGAGGAUCUUAAACUGAUUUACCUCUGACAUUAUAUUAUCAAGCCAAAAAUAUCUGCAAGGUAGGAGUUAUAGACAAAUAGUAUGUGAAAUAUUUAAAGUAAGUAUUCCCCGAUUGGUAUGAAAAGAUAAUCGGCAAGUAAAAAAAAAUGUAUCAAAGCUAUCUUCUAGAUUUAAGUUAUUUCUAGGAUGACUUUGUAUUUUCCUAACAAUAAACCUAAUAUAGAUUUAUUGUAAACAAGAAUAAUCAUUUAAUAGAUUAUCACUACAGUGAAAAGCUUUUAGAUCACUAUAAAUAAGUGGCAUCUAACUUUUUUGAAGUAGAAGUGGCAAAUAAUUCACAAGAUAACAACAAUAAUUUAAAAAGCAUUUAAAUUUUAAAUUAAAUUAAUACAACUGAUGAAGAUGAUUUUGAAAACGAAAACACAGAAUAAAUGAAAAACUAAGAGGAAUUUGCUAGCAACAUUAAAUAUUCUUAGAAAGAAAUUGAAGGAAUCAAAUAAUGGAAAAAAAGAAUAGCUGAAAGAAACAAAAGUAUGGUCUGGGAUUUCUAAAAUGUUUCUGUUCAUAAAAACUAAAGCUAAAUUGAGAAUAAUAUAUUGAAAAGUGAAUAUUUUCAUAAGCCAUUUGCUAUUUGCCUACCAUAUUAAACAAUUGCAGAUUAAUCUUUAUAAAACAAUAAAGAUAUGAUUAUUCUCCACUUUAAUUACAUAUACAAAUUAGCCUUCAUUAAAGAUAAUUAGUAUAAUUAUUUCUUACAUCCUUACUCUUCAGCUUCUUAUUAUGUCUAACUUAUCAACCUAAUCUUUACCAUUUAUAGUCUUAUUUUCACACCUAUUUAUGUCUUUUUCGGGCUUUAAAUUUCGAUUCUACCUUUAGUCUUUGAGAUUAUUCAUACUAUGUAUUUGUUUGUUGAACUCUUUAUAGAUUUGAGAACACCAUAUUUUAAACAAGGAUUGCUUGUAACAAAUAGUAGAAAAAUAUUUGCUUAUUUAUGGGAAAAAAAGAACUUAAAACUAAGACUAAUUUGUUUAUUACCUCUUAAUAUUAUCCUUUGGUAAAUAAGCUAAGAUUAUCAAGAGAGAUCUUUUACCUUAAAACUUGUUUUCGUUUUACUCAGAGGCAUACGAUUAUUACAAAUAUUUAAUUUAGAUGCUAUCCUUGUUAGAAUUUAAACACAUAAUAAAUCUAAAUAAAAAGCUAUAGGUAUGCUUGUAGGUUUUUUACAUGUGUUAACUAUGUGGCACUAUUUUUCUUCACUAUGGAUUUGGUAUGUUUACAACAUCUCAGUUCCUAAUUUUCCUGAAUCAAAUUGGGUCGUAGUAAAUAAUUUACAAGAUGCUGAUUUAAUAAAAAAAAUACUCAAUGGGCUUUUUUUUGUAAUGAGCAUUGCCACAACUUGUGGAUAUCCAACAAUGAAAUCUAAUAAUGACAUAGAAAAAAUAUUCUUCAUAUUUGCUAUUUAUUUUGGAGAUGCAAUUAUUGCCUAUGAUUUUGGUUUGAUUGCUGCUUAGUCAUUACUUUUACCAUAGAAAUACUAAGAGAUAGACAAAAAAGUCAAGUAAUUUAAAAUAUUGCUUAAUAUUGGUAAAGAUCACAGCAAAAAUAGCAGUAUAAUAAAGCUUCACAAAAAAAUUGAACUCUCAUAUCUAUACAAACUAUACUCAAAUUUAUAUGUAGAAUAGCAGCUGAAAUAGAUAUAGAAUUUGAUUCCUGAAACACUGUAUGACUAAUUAUUUUAAAGUCAUUAAGCUAAUUACCUAUAAAAAAUACCAAUAUUACUGGAGCUUUCUAAAUUCAUUCACUUUAGAAAUAUUUAAAAGCAUAUUGAACUUAAAGUUUUCUUGCCAUAUGACUUUAUAACAAAGAAGGAUUCUUAAAAUGGUUAUUUAUGUUUUGUAAGCAAAGGAAAUGUGAAUAUUCUUUCUCCCAAAGAAGAUGCAGUUAUCUAAGUAUUAAAGGAAGGUGAUUUUUUUAGCUAAGUUACUUUAACUAAAUAUGGUAAAAGCUCUUCUUGUCAUAUUAUCACGUCAAACAUUGCAGAGAUAGUUUAAAUUAAACAUAAAAACGUCAGAUUGAUGUUUAAAAUUUUCCCAGAGUUUUAAAACGCUAUUUAUAAAUAUGCAAGGAAAUAAAUUUGUGUGCCUGUUACAUAAAAUGAAAUAAAGUUGAAUCUCCUUAGUGAUUAUUAGGAAGAAGCUUUCUCGCAAGUAAAUUAAUAUUUUUCAGGUAAUCUGCAUACUGGAAAAAGAUAUUUAAAUAUGAACUCGAAUAUUUUUUUUACAUAAGAAAAUGACUUAGAUGAGUAAUAAAUGUUGAAAAAUUGUAUGAGUAGUUAAAAUAAUUAAAAAUAAUAACUUUAAUCUGAUUUUCAAAUUAAAAGUAAAAAUGAAUACUUGAAUAACAUUCCAUCAUAAAUUCAUUUAAAAUAACUUUAAGAAAGAAAUUAAGUACAGAUUUCUCAGUGUAAUUUUUCGUAAUAGAGCUAUAGUAGUGAAGCCUCAGGAGGUCAUACAAAAAAAAUAGGGAAUAUCAGAAGAAAUUUCCUUCUUGAAGAUGAUGAAGGUUUUUUGGCAAAUAAUCUUAAUCAUUCUAAAGACCAAAUAAUUUUAAAUAAACAUACGCAUCAUUUAAAUUUAGAUGUAUUUUAAAAUAAUUAACAAUAAAAUCCAAAAAUUUAGCAUAAAAAACUACCUAAAAAAUAUAGUCAUAGUAAUUUUAAUCAUAAUAGCUUUCAUUUAAAUUUGCUUAAAGAAUGCAAUCUAAAUGAUGAGCAAUAGUAAUAAAUAGGUAUACAAUCUCAAGGAUAAAAAAUCAUAGAAGCUUAAAAAAACUAAAAUCCACAAAAAGCAUUAUUUUAAGCUGAAGAAAAUACUCAAAAACGCCAAAAUGUAAUCGAACUCAUUUAGUUUAAUGAUCUAUCCUUAAAAGAAAAUACAAUUGAAGCUUAAGACUAAAAUAUAUCAAUCAAAAAUUUAGGAAUAUGA